AUUACUCUUUCAAGAACACAACAAUAGGGACACAAUAAUACAUAACUUUUUCUUACAACCCCUUAAGAGAUUUCAUGUCAGAGACGAGCAUGGAAAAAUACAAGAAUUUAUCAGAUUUCCUUAAGAAGUUCUACAUUCCUUCGUACGUUCUCUCGCCUGAAGCCGAGCCUGUGGCACAAACCAGUAGUACACCACCUGAGAGCCCAAUCCUCGUAUUCAUCAACUCCAAAAGCGGAGGUCAACUAGGUGCAGAACUCAUCCUUACCUACCGCACUCUACUCAACGACAAGCAGGUUUUUGAUCUUGAGGAAGAGACUCCGGAUAAGGUGCUGCAGAGAAUUUAUCGUAAUCUAGAGAGGCUAAAAGACGAUGGUUUCGCAAGCAAGAUUCGGGACAAGUUGAAAAUAAUUGUUGCAGGGGGAGAUGGAACAGCUGGUUGGCUCCUUGGAGUUGUUUCUGAUCUUAAAUUAUCCAAUCCACCUCCAAUUGCUACGGUUCCUUUGGGUACCGGAAACAACCUUCCAUUUGCAUUUGGAUGGGGUAAGAAAAAUCCUGGAACAGAUAGGUCUUCGGUGGAGUCUUUUUUGGAUAAAGUGAUCAAUGCAAAAGAGAUGAAGAUAGACAAUUGGCAGAUACUUAUGAGGGUGAAAGCUCCUAAGCAAGACUCUUGUGAUACUAAUGCACCUCUUAAGCUACCACAUUCUCUUCAUCGUGCUUUUCCAUCAGAUCAAGAAAAUAUAGAAGAUUACCAAACAUUUCGUGGGGGGUUCUGGAAUUACUUUAGCUUGGGUAAGAAUUUUGCUCCCUGGCCGUUGAAAACAGCUCAAUUUUUCCCCCUAAACAGCAUUGCGGUUAGAAACAUAGCUCAGCUUGCAAAGGUUCAGAUUUGUAAUAAAAGUGGCCAAUGGAAUGACCUUCACAUUCCACAAAGCAUAAGGUCCAUAGUCUGUUUGAAUCUUCCUAGCUUUUCUGGAGGACUAAAUCCUUGGGGAACACCAAAUCCUAAGAAACAACGUGAUAGAAGCCUAACUGCACCAUUCGUUGACGAUGGACUCAUCGAAAUCGUUGGGUUUAGAAAUGCUUGGCAUGGUCUUGUUCUGCUCACUCCAAAUGGACAUGGGACAAGACUUGCACAGGCAAACCGAAUUCGAUUCGAGUUCAAGAAAGGUGCGGCGAAGCAUGCAUACAUGAGAAUGGAUGGAGAGCCAUGGAAACAACCACUUCCAUUAGAUGAUGAAACUGUGAUGGUAGAGAUCUCACAUCAUGGACAAGCCAACAUGCUUGCAACCCACAAUUGCAGCUCCAAAAGCAUGUUUGAGUCUUCUUCCACAAUCCGGUUUAGUGAUGAUGAAGAUGACUCAAAGUGAGGAUUAAUUUUAGAAUCCAGUAGAAACAAUAUUCUCUUUCUUGAGCUCGUAUAGUAACAACUAACGAUCAACCAAGUUCCCAAACUCACCUAACCUCUGUUUCUUUGUCCCCUGUUCUUUUUCUU